AAUUACAGUAGAGGUACAAUAAUGUUACAUAGCCAGAUACAGUGUAAUUACAGUAGAGGUACAAUAAUGUUACAUAGCCAGAUACAGUGUAAUUACAGUAGAGGUACAAUAAUGUUACAUAGCGUAAUUACAGUAGAGGUACAAUAAUGUUACAUAGCCAGAUACAGUGUAAUUACAGUAGAGGUACAAUAAUGUUACAUAGCCAGAUACAGUGUAAUUACAGUAGAGGUACAAUAAUGUUACAUAGCCAGAUACAGUGUAAUUACAAUAGAGGUACAAUAAUGUCACAUAGCCAGAUACAGUAGCGUAAUUACAGUAGAGGUACAAUAAUGUUACAUAGCCAGAUACAGUGUAAUUACAGUAGAGGUACAAUAAUGUCACAUAGCCAGAUACAGUGUAAUUACAGUAGAGGUACAAUAAUGUUACAUAGCCAGAUACAGUGUAAUUACAGUAGAGGUACAAUAAUGUCAGAUACAGUGUAAUUACAGUAGAGGUACAAUAAUGUUACAUAGCCAGAUACAGUGUAAUUACAAUAGAGGUACAAUAAUGUCACAUAGCCAGAUACAGUAGCGUAAUUACAGUAGAGGUACAAUAAUGUUACAUAGCCAGAUACAGUGUAAUUACAGUAGAGGUACAAUAAUGUCACAUAGCCAGAUACAGUGUAAUUACAGUAGAGGUACAAUAAUGUUACAUAGCCAGAUACAGUGUAAUUACAGUAGAGGUACAAUAAUGUCACAUAGCCUGAUACAGUGUAAUUACAGUAGAGGUACAAUAAUGUUACAUAGCCAGAUACAGUGUAAUUACAGUAGAGGUACAAUAAUGUUACAUAGCCAGAUACAGUGUAAUUACAGUAGAGGUACAAUAAUGUUACAUAGCCAGAUACAGUGUAAUUACAAUAGAGGUACAAUAAUGUCACAUAGCCAGAUACAGUGUAAUUACAGUAGAGGUACAAUAAUGUUACAUAGCCAGAUACAGUGUAAUUACAGUAGAGGUACAAUAAUGUUACAUAGCCAGAUACAGUGUAAUUACAGUAGAGGUACAAUAAUGUUACAUAGCCAGAUACAGUGUAAUUACAGUAGAGGUACAAUAAUGUUACAUAGCCAGAUACAGUGUAAUUACAGUAGAGGUACAAUAAUGUCACAUAGCCAGAUACAGUGUAAUUACAGUAGAGGUACAAUAAUGUUACAUAGCCAGAUACAGUGUAAUUACAGUAGAGGUACAAUAAUGUCACAUAGCCUGAUACAGUGUAAUUACAGUAGAGGUACAAUAAUGUUACAUAGCCAGAUACAGUGUUAUUACAGUAGAGGUACAAUAAUGUUACAUAGCCAGAUACAGUGUAAUUACAGUAGAGGUACAAUAAUGUUACAUAGCCAGAUACAGUGUAAUUACAAUAGAGGUACAAUAAUGUCACAUAGCCAGAUACAGUGGAAUUACAGUAGAGGUACAAUAAUGUCACAUAGCCAGAUACAGUGGAAUUACAGUAGAGGUACAAUAAUGUCACAUAGUACUUGCAACUGUUAUAAGAUAUUAAAUGUACAUUAUUCUGUCUGACUGGGAAAUGUCUUAUU